AUGCUCAGGACAUUCGCUUCCUCUGUAAUCCUUGCUGUCGUAUCGGCGUCGUUCGCCAAUGCAGCCGUCACAACUCUCAGCCUUGACCCUGUCCAGGGCAGGACUGGAGCCUACAUGCAGGGAGCACCUGAUGCCGGGCGUGCGCGUGCUGCGCUCAUGAAGGGUCGUGCCACCACGAUCCCAGCGACUAACCUUGCCUAUGUCCAAUACACAGCCUCGGUCGGUGUCGGUUCUCCAGCGACGUACUACAACAUUGUUAUCGAUACUGGUAGCUCCAAUACAUUCGUCGGGACCGGAAAGAAGUACGUCCGUACAUCAACGAGCAUUCCCACUGGGCAGGAAGUGAAUGUCACCUAUGGCACGGGCUUCUUUUCCGGUUACGAGUACCUCGACCAAGUUACUAUUGCUCCCGACUUCGUAAUCACCAAUCAGUCAAUUGGCGACGCUUUGGAGUAUGCCGAUUUUGAAGGUGUUGACGGUAUCAUUGGCUUCGGCCCGGUUGACCUCACUCUUGAUACCCUUUAUCCCGACGUCAAUGCUGAGAUUCCUACUGUAAUGAACAACGCCCUUUCUCAGGGGCUUAUCUCGACCGAGAUUCUCGGAGUAUCUUUUGCCCCGGCGAAUUCAUACAGCGACACAAACGGGGCGAUCACGCUAGGUGGUAUCGAUACAGAUUUGUACCUGGGCGACAUCACGUACACACCUGUUACGACCACUUACCCCUCAAACUAUUACUGGGGUGUGAAUGUCACGCUUGCAACGUACGGCGAGACAACGGUCAUUCCUGGUUCAUAUGCGGGAAUUGUUGAUACUGGAACGACACUCAUAUACAUUGCUGACAAUUGGUACUCAACGUACCAGGACUCGAUCCCGGGAGCAUACUACGACAACAGCACAGGGCUGAUCGUUAUUCCCGAGCAGUCUGUCGAAUACAUGCAACCGUUCAACUUUGAGAUCGGCGGCGGCAUUUUCUCACUAUCCCCCGAGGCACAGCUCCUCCCCAAGGACCAGAACGAAGCAUGGGGUGCGGAGCCAGGACUUCAGUACGGCUACAUUGGCCCAAUCGGCGAAGACAGCGGCACGGGGCUUGACUUCAUCAUUGGGCAGAAAUUCAUGGAGCGGUUCUAUGCGGUCUUCGACACCGCGCACAACCAAGUCGGGUUUGCGUACACGACACACACGGACUAG